CCCCGCCGAGUAAUUGGACACUGCUCUGCAAAUUAGGGUUUCCAAUUUCGUGCUCUUUUUUCUCUUUGUCCCAAUCUAAAUAAUACUGAAUCAAUUUCUAACUGGUUUUCAAAUUCCUGUCAAACAUGAAGAAGCAGACCACAGAAGGCGAAGGAAACAAAGGAAGAAGUAACGAGGGCUCGAAAUCGAUAAACAUGAAGAAUAGGAAUUGGAAGCCCAAGGAAAAGAAGAAGAUGAGAGGCCUCUCACUUGAAGCUUUUGCUAAUGCCAAAAGCGGCUGCUACAACCCAUCAACGAUAAAGAAGCAAAGAGAGUUUUAUAAGAAUGCCAAGUAUGUGAAAAAGUAUAAGAAGUCAAUAAAGCAACAAAGUCAGCAAAAUGAGGUUUCCACAGCUAUUAGACCCUACGAGGAUGAUAAGAAAACGGAAGAUGGUCGUGAAAUGGAUAUGGAGAAGAAGAAGAAGAGAAAGAAGAAUUCACUUACUUUGAGACAAUUGUAUGAGAAGAAGCAUGAAGAGGAAGUCAAGAAAAGGAGGGAGAGAGAGGCAAUUAUUCAGGCAAAGAAAGAAGAGAGGGAAAAAGCCCAAGCACGGAGGAAGGCUACAAGGGAGAAUAUGCUCAAGAAGACAAGGUCAGGUCAGCCUGUUAUGAAAUACAGAAUUGAACAUAUCUUGGAGAGUUUACAGGAUGCAACAAGGAACGGAGAUGGAAAAACUCACUAAAUUGAACUUAAACCUCCUAAAAGUGUCUGGUUGCCGCAUCUUGGCUAUCACAAUGGGUCUUGUUAGUUCCAGUUGUGAUCUUUUGGAGAUGUUUAUUGCUUGAAGUACUCGUGUUAAAUUACCCAAUUCACUGAAAUUUUCAAUAUUACAUAUGUAAAACCUUAAUGCAAUUUUGAUGCUUUGAUGAGCCAAAUUUUUCCUUGUA